AUGUCCCCGCUGUGCCCACUGCUGCUGGCCCUGGCCCUGGCCCUGGCGGCCGUCCCCGGUGUCCGAGGCGCCUGCCCGGUGCCCGCCGACCUCAAGAGCGCCAACGGGACGCGCACGUGCGCCAAGCUCUACGACAAGAGCGACCCCUACUACGAGAACUGCUGCGGCGGCGCCGAGCUGGCGUUGCAGCCGGGCGCCGACCUGCCCUACCUGCCCUCUGACUGGACGAACGUCAUCUCGUCGCUCGUGGUGGGCCAGCGCUGCGAGCUCACCGUGUGGUCCAUUCGCGGCAAGGCCGGCAAGAAGCGCAAGUUCUCGGCCGGCACCUACCCGCGCCUGGAAGAGUACCGCCGCGGCAUCUUCGGGGACUGGUCCAACGCCAUCUCCGCGCUCUACUGCAGGUGCGCGCCCGCGCCCGUCCAGACCCCGCCCCGCCAGUGUCUCCUAGUCCGCACAUCUGCUUCCCCAGCUCCCAACCCAGCACCGGGGCUCCAGACCGCCCCCCUCGCCCCGCCCCCUGAAACUUUGACCCAAAUUGGGCAUCCUUAG